GGAACUUAAAUUCUACGAAGUAACUAAAAUAAUAAAUCACUUGUAUUACUAUAUAGGGUGAGAAUUUUCGCCAUCGCCGUAAAAAGAAGCCGCGGAGGAAGAAAAAGAACUAACCCAAUUGCAGACAUAGGUGUUGUACACGUUACAUGAGUACUUUAAAGGAAAUGAAGAGCUUAGAUGACAUAGGUUGAACUAGGGUUGUAAACAAGUUGAGUCAUAGAUGACUCUUUCGUUGGUAAGUCUCUGGUAGUAUAUGGAAGUGAGCUCAAGAAUUUCAGCAUCGGGGUGCUUGUCGGUUCUCAAGUCAAGUUGAGGCAUAAAAUGGAUAAUGCCUUACCAUGAGAGGCAUAUGGCACUGUUCUGUCAACCUUAAAUGAGAGAGUUCGGUUUGAAUUGACGAAAGAUCACAUUAGGAAUCGGCUUAAAACUUGGAAGAAGCAGUAUGGCACUUUAAGGGAUCUGUUGUCUCAUCCUGGUUUCAAAUGGGACAGAACAUGGAAGAUGAUCAUUGCAGAUGACUCAGUAUGGACCAACUAUGUCAAGGCUCACCCUGAAGCAACGACUUUCCGUGGAAGAGUUAUUGAGAACUAUGAUAACUUGUGCACAAUCUUUGCCAACGAUAAUGACGUUGCAGAGGCUGUUGAUAUCUUCCCUGUUCAGAACAGCAUGAAGGUCAAAGAUCAAGUGAAGAACAUGCGGUGGACAUAUGAGAUGGACCAAUGUCUCAGCAAGGUUCUCGCAGAGCAAGCCAAACUUAGAAAUAAGAGUAAAUCAGACAACAAACUAAGACCUGCUGCAUAUGCAGUAGCAGUUUCAGCUUGACUUGACAAAAGAUCAUAUAAGGAAUCGUCUGAAGACAUGAAAGAAACAGUACGAGAUUCUGAAGGGGCUCUUGCAUCAUGGUGACUUUGAAUGGGAUAAAACACAAACCAUGGUCAUAGCAAAUGUCUCUGCAUGGAAUCGAUAUAUUAAGGUAAAAGAUG